UCAGUGUGGGGGCGUGUUUAACUUGUACAGGAAAGACUCACGUUAACACCUAACAGCUAUCGACAGACAACGAGGAAUAACGACUUUAACUUCAGACAAACUGGGUGUAAUAAAUAUAGCGACCCAAAUCCAUUUUUUAUGAUUGAGAAAGUAAAAACAGUGGCUGCAUGAGUAAGCCAACAAGUCCUGCAGACAUUGUCCGACGGAGCAAAGCCCACAACGGGACAUUAGGACAUUAGGACAUUGUCACCUGACAAAGAAUGACUGAAGCCCUCGUGAAAGACUGUAAGCAAACACAGGUCUAAUCUAAAUGUCAUCAAGCCUAGGUAUCAGGAUUAAAGCAGCUCAAGGACAUGUUUGAGAAUUUCAGAGAGAGACUGCAAACGGUGCAGCAGGACUUUACAUCAGGAAUCAAGACCCUAAGUGACAAAUCCAAGGAGACGAAAAUAAAGAAGAAACAAAGAAGAGAUGAACACUUUCCGCAAUAUUCUGCUGGAGUCGAGUUGCUCAGUCGAUAUGAAGACACUUGGGUGGCUCUUCAUAAACGGGCUAAAGAGUGUGCUAAUGCCGGGGAAACGGUGGACGGGGAGGUUGUGAUGCUGUGUGCGCACUGGGAGAAGAGACGGGCCUCAGUGCUGGAGAUGCAGGAACAGCUGCAGCAGAUCCCUGCUUUCCUCUCGGACCUGGAGACUAUCACCUCACGGAUCGCUCAUCUGGAGGCUGACUUUGAGGAGAUGGACAGUCGUCUGCUGUAUCUGGAGGAUUUGUGUGCUCAGUGUGAGCAUCAGCGCUUCAAGCACAUUCAGAUCCUGCAGCUGGAAAACCAUAAGAAGAAGAAAAGGAAAGAGCUUGAGUCUUUCAAAGCGGAGCUCGAUGCAGAACAUGCUCAGAAGGUGCUGGAGAUGGAGCAUGCGCAGCAAGUCAAGCUAAAGGAGCGGCAGAAGUACUUUGAAGAGGCAUUUCAGCAAGACAUGGAGCAGUACCUCUCCUCAGGAUACCUCCAGAUCACCGACAGGAGAGAUCCAUUAGGCAGUAUGUCCUCAAUGGAAGUGAAUGUUGACCUCCUGGAACAGAUGGAUCUGACGGAUGUGUCCGAUCAUGAGGCUCUUGAUGUCUUCCUCAGCUCUGUAGGGGAAGAGAGCAGCACUCGGUCUCCUGACACAGCUGGUGGUCCGGCUCUGGAACCUGGUUCAUCCCCGUCAGACAUCAGCCUGAAGGUGCCCUCACAGACAGAUCUACGGCACACCGUCUCCUCCAUCUCCUCCUCCUGCACCGACACCAUUAGCGGUGUGACCGAGGGUCCGGAUGAAGAGGAUGCCAGCGAGGAAAGCUGCAGCGGAGACUCUCCACUGGUUCAGUCAGAUGAGGAGGAGGUACACGCUGACACAGCCCUCAUGGGCCUCCCAGAAACAGAGCCGCUCAAAAGCUCAGACGACAGCGACACACAGGCCCCCUAGUGGCCACGGAUGGCAAACGCACUCUUUAAGUUGGUUUCUGGAAAUGAGAACCUGGAGGAGUGCUGAAGACUAGCCAGGUGUUUCUUCAUGCGACACUUUGAGAUGAGGAUUUUGGAGCCUUAUAGAACAAUGUUUGUGUUCAGCCUAGAGAACUGCUCAUUCAGACGGUUAGCACUGUGAUUUUUGUUUUCUUCUUUCCCAAUAUAAAAAAAAAAAUCCACUCAGUGUAUGAUACAGUUCUCCAUAUUACCUAUUGCAUCAGAAUUAUAUAAUAAUAAUAAUAAACAUUUUACAUCAGUUAUAUUAGCAGGAACACUGUAUGUUGCAUGAAUUUGUAAUGCAGAGCUCGUUUUUGUAUAUGACAUUAUUGAGCCAAUUGAAAUAAAACUAAUAUACCUUGAAAUAAGACGGGCAAAUAA